ACAUUGCAGUAAGGAAGUCGUGUACUCCUUAUCUUCUCCUCUGACAACAAAUAAUUAUGUGUCUUUUAUUAUUAUGUAAUAUGCAUGCGUGGAUGGUUGUAUGUGUAUUUGCAUAUUUUAUUACAUGUUAAUCCUGCGGUAGGCGUCGCGUAGGAUUGCAUCAGACCUCACUUUUUUCAACUGCGAAACCGUAUCGUUAUCUGAUCUGAUCCAACCUUCCGGGCUUUGCGACUCCCAAUGCGUGUAAGGGUUGAAUUCGUUUUAAUAUGUAUGUCUACGUGUACGCAUGCGAUCUCAAGUUUGAGGUGCUGCCUGCCUGAUUCCCUUUUCUUGGAAGAGAGAUUAAAAUAUUUGUGGUGAACUAUCGGCUGAACAGCGUGUUUUCUUGCAUUCUUGUUGAGCGGUGGAACUGUGAAGGGUUUGUUGUGGGGUUGAUUUGAGGACACUUUUUGGAUAUUGAUCGAGGAGGGACCGUGAAAAGGUUGAAUCUUGAGGGACCUAUUGUGGGUCUUUCUCUCGUUUCGAUUUCUGGGUUUUACUGUGGUGAAGAAAGCUUGUGAUUUUGGGUGUCGAGAGCUGAUUCUUGAUCGAAUUGAUCGUCAAAGAGUUCAAAUUUAGAGGUUUGGGGGCUCUCUUUCUUUGGUUUUCCUUUUUCAAAAAAUAAAUUCAAGCUAUUGCUUUUGAUUCUUGAUCGUUUUUUUCUUUGAUAUAUUGGGGAAUCUUUGUUUAGAAUUCCUGGAGAAGUCAGUUGUAUAUCUCUCUUCUUUAUGUUUUUUUAUUCUUGCGGCAACUGCAGCUAGAGUUGUACCACGAAGAGUUGUUUAUUGGGGACUUUAAUUGUCAUUUAGGAGAUUUUGUACUUAGGUAUUAGCUUCUCCUCGCCAUUUGGAUAGAAUAAACCUUUAGGAUUAACUCGUUGGUUUAGCUGAAGGCAUGGAUAUAAGCAAUGAGGCUAGUGUUGAUUCGUUCUCGAUCGGCCCUUCUACGCUCUUUGGGCGGACAAUUGCGUUUAGAGUCUUAUUCUGCAAGUCUAUGUCACAUUUAAGGCAUCAAAUCUUUGGGAUGUUGUUAAUGUACUAUUACAAAUUCAAGAACUGUUUAGGGAACUACCUGUCACCUGUAAUAGCAUGGUUUCAUCCUCGGAAUCCACAAGGGAUAUUAGUAAUGGUGACGGUGAUUGCUUUCUUGCUGAAACGAUACACUAAUGUGAAAACGAGAGCAGAGAUGGCGUAUAGGAGGAAGUUUUGGAGAAAUAUGAUGAGAGCUGCAUUGACCUAUGAGGAGUGGGCUCAUGCUGCUAAAAUGCUGGAUAAAGAGACAGUUAGGAUGAAUGAAGCAGAUCUUUAUGACGUGGAACUUGUGAGAAAUAAACUUCAAGAGCUCCGCCAUCGGCGUCAAGAGGGUUCUCUUAGAGAUAUCAUAUUCUGUAUGAGGGCUGACCUUGUUAGAAAUCUGGGUAAUAUGUGCAACCCAGAGCUUCACAAGGGGAGACUCCAGGUGCCCAAACUCAUAAAGGAGUACAUAGACGAGGUCACAACUCAACUGAGAAUGGUGUGCGACUCCGAUUCGGAGGAGCUUCUAUUGGAGGAGAAGCUUGCUUUUAUGCAUGAAACCAGGCAUGCUUUUGGAAGGACAGCUUUACUUUUAAGUGGGGGUGCUUCUUUGGGAGCCUUCCAUGUCGGAGUUGUGAAAACGUUGGUAGAACAUAAGCUUUUGCCACGGAUAAUUGCUGGUUCUAGUGUGGGGUCAAUAAUGUGUUCUGUUGUUGCUACUAGGUCAUGGCCUGAGCUUCAAAGUUUCUUUGAGGAUUCCUGGCAUUCGAUUCAAUUUUUUGACCAGAUGGGUGGAGUCUUUACUGUUUUUAAGAGGGUCAUGACACAAGGUGCAGUUCACGAGAUCAGACAAUUGCAGAUGAUGCUGAGAAAUCUUACAAACAAUCUAACUUUCCAGGAAGCCUACGAUAUGACAGGGCGGAUCUUGGGUAUAACUGUUUGUUCACCAAGGAAGCAUGAACCUCCUAGGUGCCUCAACUACUUGACUUCACCCCAUGUUGUCAUAUGGAGUGCUGUGACGGCUUCUUGUGCUUUUCCCGGUCUUUUUGAAGCUCAAGAGCUGAUGGCAAAGGACAGAAGUGGAGAAAUUGUGCCUUAUCACCCACCAUUUCAUUUAGGACCUGAAGAGGCUUCAGGUUCCUCAGCUCGUCGCUGGAGAGAUGGUAGCUUGGAGAUUGAUUUGCCAAUGAUGCAGUUGAAAGAACUCUUCAAUGUGAAUCAUUUCAUAGUGAGUCAAGCAAAUCCUCAUAUUGCACCUUUGCUGAGGGUGAAGGAGAUUGUUAGAGCUUAUGGAGGCAACUUUGCCGCAAAGCUUGCUCAGUUAACUGAGAUGGAGGUAAAACACAGAUGCAAUCAGAUAUUGGAGCUUGGGUUUCCACUGGGGGGAAUCGCCAAGCUGUUUGCUCAGGAUUGGGAGGGUGAUGUAACCGUUGUAAUGCCGGCUACUUUAGCUCAGAUAUCAAAGAUAAUUCAGAAUCCAUCUUAUGUGGAACUUCAAAAGGCAGCAAACCAGGGCAGAAGAUGCACUUGGGAGAAGCUCAGUGCGAUAAAAGCAAAUUGUGGGAUCGAACUCGCUCUCGACGAGUGCGUUGCUAUACUAAACCAUAUGCGUCGGUUGAAGAGGAGUGCCGCGAGAGCAGCUGCUGCUUCUCAUGGUCUGCCCAGCGCAGUCCGAUUCAAUGCCUCAAAAAGAAUCCCUUCUUGGAACGUGAUUGCCCGAGAAAAUUCGACUGGAUCACUCGAGGAAGACCUACUUGCAGACGUCGCAUCUUCUUUUCACCAAGGAGUAGGCGGUUCGACGGGGCAAAUGGGAAGAAAUUGGCGCACGCACCGGUACACACACGACGGAAGUGACAGUGAGUCGGAGAGCGUUGACCUCAACUCCUGGACAAGGUCUGGUGGUCCCUUGAUGAGAACCACUUCAGCAGAUAAGUUCGUCGACUUUGUACAGAAUCUGGAGGUGGAUUCAAGGUUGAACAAAGGGAUGACGGGCCACUCAAACAGCGUCGUCAUCCAAUCCCCUGGAAGGGAUCAAGUCCAUCAAGCCUUGAGGAUUGCAAUUCCUGACAGAACUUCAGACACGGAACAUGACCAGAGAGAUCUCGGUAAUAGAGCUCCAGUGAUAAACGCAAGCAUCAUGGUGGCCGAAGGCGAUCUUUUACAGCCGGAACGAAUCCACAAUGGUAUAGUGUUCAACAUCGUGAGGAAGGAAGUCUUGACUCCGUCCAACAGGAGUAUCGAUUCCGAACACAACAGCUCUCCUCACAAUUCAGUUGCUGAGUGCGUGCAGCUGGACGAUCCCGACAAAGAAAUGGAUGCUAGCUCGGUCUCAGAAAGCGGUGGUGAUAUCGGAGAAGACAUUCACGUCGAUGGGGCCGUGCAUCACGGUGACAAUGUAUGUGAUGAUAAGCAUGUGAUGGAUGGUUGAUGGUUGGGUGAAUUAUCCAGAUGCACACGCAAGAAAUCUUAAGAGUCCAUUCAUCUCUUCCUAGUAGUUGAAGUUCAGGUCAAGAUUUGUAGGUUACAGUUGUAUGAAUUCAUCUCGAGAAAAGAAAAUUGCCCCUGUUUCAGAGCAAAAUUUGUAGGAAUAAAAAUGUAAAUUCAUUUCCAAUUCAAUGGCAGGAGAUCCCUCUUGCUGAUAAGAUGUUGAGGAUUAAGAUCGUCAAACUUAUAUGCAAGCAUGUCACAACGUUCAAGUGAUCAAAAUUAUCACUUUUAGCCCCCA